AUGCCGGCGAUGCUUAGCCGGACAGUUCGUAUUUGCCUUGCGAUUUCCGUUACCCUCGCUUCAAGCUCUCGCCAAGCAGCGCUGGAUGAGAGUCUCAACGGCAUAUCUGUGAGCAUGGUCCAGGUUCGGGCUGUCUUGGACUCCCGACGCAAGAAUAGAUCAGUGGAGACUCACUGGCCCUACUGGUAUCUUGUGGGUGCCAACCACAAGACAGGAACCGGGCUUCUCAGAUCCUUGGUGGGACGAGUGUUCCUUGUGCUCGGGGCCACCUACUCCUGCCAAGUGUCGCCCCCAGCCGGUCCUUGGGGUCAACUCACCACCGACGGAAUCCACAACUGCAGCGAUUCCCCGGAUGCGCACAUCCGCUUCGCUAAGGACAUCGCGCCCAACGACCUUACGACGGUCCGGCACCUCGCAGCGUCUGCUGGUGGGGAAAUGCGUGCCGUGAUGACGAUCCGGGAUCCUGCCGCCAUGCUGGCAUCUGCAUACUGCUAUCACCACCGUGGCAUGGAGUACGGCUUGCAGCCUGCUCCCAAUCGGAAACCUUGGCCAUGGCCUGGUAUCAUGUCGAUGGGUCCUGCUGAGGGAAUGGAGGCCCUCUCAGAUGGCAUGUUCGGAGUGAUCGAAAGCAUGACAGAAGCAGCGGAGAUCGCUGAUGUCAGUGACACGCUGGUCCUACGCUUUGAAGAUAUCACACGGUCCUCAGAGGACUUCGACCGUUCGACAGCAGCCAUUGUGGACUUCUUCUUUCAGGACUUUUUCUUGCAGGGGGUGCUCCCUGCCGAGUUACGGAGCCAAAUGCUGCUGGAGGCUCAAGCAGCGGAUCUGCACCGGACGAGUGUGGACGAAGGUGCGCCAGGUGAAGCGCCUCACUCUAACGAUAAAGACUGCGAGGAGACAGCGAUGACCAUUCUGCCUUCGCUUUCGGGCGUCUAUGCUCAGAUCCAGGAGUACCAGCGCCGCUUGGGGUACUUGGGAGCUAUCUGA